GACACCCGCAGGAAGUGAUGGGUGCGUGAGGGCGGCUCUGCGGAGACGAGUCAGCAGGCUCCCGGCUCUCAGAGCUGAAGGUCACCAGGGGGAGCUGAAGGUCACCAGGGGGAGCUGAAGGUCACCAGGGCGGACGGACGGAGGGAACUGGAGGUCCAGAGCUGCCUGGAUCCAUGUCUGCACCUGCUCCUGCCAGUCGGAGGUCCACGUCAGGCUCACGCCGGUUCGACUACUGCAGGUUCAUAGAGCUAGACUACGUCCCCAUGGAGACGGGCUACAUGGUCUCCAUGCGUCCCACUAAAGGCUACGCAUCCACCCGGUCCCCGACCAAAGGACCGGCCGUCACCAAGUCCCCGGACCGCCACAGCCGGGCCGCCAGCCUGCCCUCCACCCCUCGCUCCCGGCGGACGCCGGCGGCCCCCAGUAACAGAGAUCCCUAUGGAAACACCUCCAUCAGCAGCAGCAACUCCGGCUCCUGUAAAGGCAGCGACUGCAGUCCCACCAAAGGGCGUCAGAAAUACACAUCAUGCACCGACAACCACGGUAUCCGCCCGCCCCCACCAGAGCAGUAUCUGACGCCGCUGCAGCAGAAGGAGGUUUGUAUCCGGCACCUGAGAGCCAAGCUGAAGGAAACCAUCAACACCCUGCAGGACAGAGACACGGAGAUCGACGAGCUGCGCGGCCAGCUGUACCGGAUGCAGGAGGACUGGGUGGAGGAGGAGUGCCACCGGGUGGAGGCCCAGCUGGCCCUGAAGGAGGCCCGGCAGGAGAUCCAGCAGCUCAAACAGGCCGUGGACACCGUCCGCACCCGGCUCAGCGACGCCGGCGGCCUCACCGGGGACGCCGGGGUCCAGAAGUACUUCCAGGACAUCAACGCCCAGAACCACAAGCUGGAGAACCUUCUGCUCAACAUGGAGUUGGCCCAGGCUAGCAUAGCCAAGGAGAAGGAGGGCAUACCGGGCUGCAGGACCCGCGUCGGGGGUUCGGCACCGGCAUCCGUUUCGGGGGAGAGUCCCGGCGGGGUUUCCAAACUCACCGUCGGAGGAAGGGGUUCUUGCUCUUGCGACGGCUCCCCGGCUCGUUCGCUGACCCGGAGCUCCACCUACACCAAGCUGAGCGAUCAGGCCCUGGCAGACCGGAAUGGUAACGGGGCCGACUUCCCCAGCCUGUCGGGGGACGGCACCCAGGAUAGCGGCUUCGUCUGCUGCGGGGAAAACAACAUCCCCAGUCGGGCCGACCUGCUGCUGGAGGCUGCCUUCCUCUCCGAGGAAACGGCUUCUUUACUCAACUCCUACCAACAAACCUUCUCGCACUCGUUGCCCCAUUCUGCCCCACUUUCUGCCCCCAUUUCUGCCCCCCAGUCCGUCCCCAACUCCCUGCCCCACAGCUUCUCCCACACUUUGCCCCAUUCCUUCCCUCACAACAUGUCCCACUCAUUGCCCUACUCCAUGCCGCACUCGGCCACCUACGAGAAGCUGUGCACGGGCGAGCGCCUGUCGCCCUUCCACUGCGGCCUGGGCGGGGUGAGUUGCGUGAGCCACCCCUGCCUGUCACACCACCACCUGUACCUGCACCCCCUGCGGGAGACGGGGAUCCAGACGGAGAGCUGUCCCAUCCCAGCCACGGCCGGCUGCCCCUCCGACCUGGACACCAUCGCGGAACAGCGCACCUUCCGUUCCCAGGGCUGCAGCCCCACCUCCACCUGGAUGUCCGACGAAGGGGAGGAGGAUCUGGACUCCAUCACCACCACCACGUCCGUGACCACGGCGACGGUGAUGAGUACGGCCACGGAACCGAUCCCGGUGUCCAAAACGCCGCCGGUACCUCCUUUACCCCGGUCCGCCACCGUCGCAUUCUCCGUGGAGAGGCGUCCUUUUGGGGGGAAGGACGGAGAUUGGGAAGAGGAAAAACAGGAGAGGGAAAAAGGAGAGAAGGAAGAUACAGUAGCAGAGGAGGAGGACAUGGAAAUCAGUCCAAGCGAACAUGCAGGAGAAAGGCAGCAGGUGGAGGGGAUGGAGGCGGAGAGUCCUUGGGAAGGUGUAGCACAUAACGAAGCAAUAUCAGCAGGGGAGCCCAAGCUAGUUAGCUCCGGAGGCUGCUGUGGAGAGAGCUGGCAGCUUGGGACGGCGUUUGAGAACCUGAGACCGGAUGAGAAGCAGGUGGAUGUCGAUCCAUCGGAUGGAUCAAGCCAGCCAGAGAUUGCUGAACCAAGUCCUUGUUGCACUGGAUUACCAUUGUCUGAGGAGCAGCCUCGCACCUCCCAACCGAGGAGAUCUGCUUCCCACGAGGAAAUAGCUGGCGUCACGGUGGUGGAAGUGCUCGACGAGGAUGACGAGGACCCAAAAGAAGGAGGAGCUACCGGGGGCAAUGCCGUAGAGGAUAAUGAAGACUCUGGGAAAAUUGAGAAGAGCUACUGGAGUCGUCACUUCCUGGUGGAUCUGCUGGCGGUGGCCAUCCCCGUGGUGCCGACGGUGGCGUGGCUGUGCCGCGGGCCGGUCCGCGGCGGGCAGCCCAUCUACCACAUAGGCUCCCUGCUAAGAGGCUGCUGCACUGUAGCGCUGCACUCCCUGCGCCGGGGCGGAGGGUUGAGGCACUACCCCGCGGGCGGGGGAGACCUGGGGGCAUCUCAGAUCUAAGGAGGUCGGAACCUCCGAGGUCCACAAGUCUUGGUUUGACGGGAGAUGGGAGGAAGGGUGGAGGAGAAACUCCCAGUCCUCUCUCUCUUAUGGGAAUAUUAGGAUGAAGACAUUUGACUGGCCAUCUGAUGCUCCGUUUGGUCCCGCUCUUCAUCGUUUCUCACCAAAUGCUCUUCGCUGUUGCUACCAAAAGGAUUGGUCCACUGGCUUGCGCAAACUGAAUGAGCUACUCGAAAUGAAUGAUUCAAUGCUUGAAUGUUUGAAAGGUGGCCGUUUUGAAUUGUUCUGAAAUGCAGGGAAAAUGUCCAUUAGACGUGUCAACCAUCAACUUGUGCCGUGUUCUAAUAAUCACGAAGUCGGUGAAUGCGUACAUAAAUACGGCGUAUGUAUGUACAGGAGCGUGUGCAUGUAUAACCAAGUCACGGCAAGUGAGACGACGAAGGGAAAACUUGCUCCAACUCACGACUGCAGACACUUUUCACUGUUUCUCUGACGUCUUCUAGAUGUGGAACUUAUCUGCUGUCAAGGAGAACGUUAUAGACACAGAACUCAGGUAUGUUUUAAGGGUAGAAACACAGCCAGACGUGUGAGACUGCCUCAACACCUACCGGGUGUGGAGGUUGAGUCACCUUUACAACAUUGCCCAAUAUCUACUCUUGUUCAGUCUUUUUCUCGGUCAAUAGUAGGAACGAGAGACUGCCAGAAAAAAAACAAUCAAACCUCCUUCAAAUGAAUCGGAUGUUUUAAUUGGGGGAAAACCCUCCUUUGUCCUUCAGUAGGUUGGUUAUGGCACUGACGUACCACAGCCACAGCAUUGGUUGGUAGCCAGUAAAACAUUCAGAAAAAUGCAUUGGCAUUGGCAAUAUAAUCGUCAUAAACUUUUUCAGUUGCUUAAAAAGUCCUGUAUUCAGACUUUCACAUGUUCAAAAUUGAUAUAAACUGUCAUUUGCCCAAUUUUCAGGUCCUCCACCUGUCAUCUUAGGAGGUGCAUGAUUAAUUAAGGUGUAAAAAACAUUUGAAAGAGCAGUCAUGUCAUGACUCUAAAGUCGUAGCCUGGAGGUCCGACCGAAACGACUGCUGGUUGUGUUUCUACCCCGAGAGCGUUGGGAUUAAACCUCCAACCCAACAGUCUCCAUGUUGGGUUUUGAGUGUUACAGCCCACAUCUUUCACCCUGUCGUGGUCUUACUCGACCAUAAAGAGAAUAGUUCAACAGUAGAAAUACUUACAAAGAAUUAGCUUGAGAUGUUUAGCACCUCUCUUGUACUUGUUUGCUAACUACCCACCAUUAGCUUGUGAUUAUCUUAACUAGCUUGGCUCUGUCCAAAGAUUUCUUUUAAUAAUCCAGAUGAAAUCAAAUUGUAAAAGCAUAAAAGUGGGGUUCUGUUUGGUUCUUGUACCCUAAUGCUAGCAUUCAAAGUAACCUCUCUGAGCUAACGCUAAGUGAAUCUUUUCGGUUGAUCAGGUCCGGUGGAGCCGCGUCACGAUCCACCUGUAGAUACCCACCGGCUCAGUUCGACACCUCCUGUGCUGUAUAUUUCUGCUAAAGCUCUUGUGGUGUAGUCUUUAACUGUCAAUCUGGUAGUGUGUGUUAUGAGUCCACCGUGCAAACGUUAGUUCGUCACUGCAAAAUAAAAGCAACUCUAGCAAGUCACCUGUAUUUCUAGACAUCCGAUGUAACAUGUUAAUCCAGAUGUACUGUACGCUACGCAGAUAUUUUGAUUGCAGUUGCAUUUAUGGUCAGGGUUUGGAUGUUUUUGUGCGAAUGUGUGGACACUUCUUGUGCAGACAUUCAGCUUUGCGUGUUAAACGCUGCUCAACCUCCCCCCACCUGUAACCCCUCACAAUGUCCCAUAGUAAACAUCUGUUGUUCAAAGAAGAAGAUGACCUUCAGAGGUCCGUUAUGAGGUUGUGAAUCGCCCAUCAACUCGGUCACCAGCGGAGGGAGGCAGUCCUGCCCCAGUCAGAUCCGUUUGGGCCUAAUCUGGGCUGCUGCUAGCACUUCUGGCUCAGUUAUGGGUGGCCUUUGACUCGUAGCAUUAACUCAAGUAUGUCUGCCUAAACACAGCCGCCAGCUACGGCCCAAUUCUUCACUUCUUUUGAGCCUUGACGCAUCACAUUUCAAAACUAGCUUAUAAAAUCUGGGCCACGUCCCAAAACCCACGUUUGACCCAGUGUCAGGACACGUCUGGCCCACAUUUGCCAAAGCCAUAACUGAGCUUCAAGUUCCAAAAGUGGCUCAGAUGACGCAAUGUCUGCUGCCAGGUCUAGCGGCCCGGGUUAAUAAAAAGUCAACAACCCAAAUUCACUGUAGAAAUUAUCGUAAAGAGAGCAAAAUCUAGUGAAAGAUGAAAAAUGUAUACAAAAAGGUACUUGCCCCCAGAGACUUGCCUAGACUCCCCCAGACAAUCAGAAACUCCCAGAUCUGCCCAGAGACUCGCUCAGAGACUUCCCAGAGACUAGCCCAAAGACUUGCCCAGACCCCCACAGACCUGCUCAGAGAUUUGCUCAGAGACCCGCCCAAAGACUUGCCCAGAAUCUCCCAGACUUGCUCAAAGAUUUGCUCAGCGACUCCCCAGAGACUUGCCGAGAGACUUUCCCAGAGACUCCCCCAGAUAUUUGCUCAGAGACUCAUCUAGGGAUUUGCUCAGAGAGUCACCUAGAGACUUGUUGAGAGACUUGACCAGAGACUCCCCAGAGACUUGCCGAGAGACUCCCCCAAAGACUCCCCCAGAGACUUGGUCAGAGACUCGCAGAGAGAGACUCCCACAGACUCCCCCAGAGACUUGCCCAGACUCCCCGGGACCUGCUCAGAGACUUGCCCAGAGACUCCCCCGGGGACUUGCUCAGAGACUCACCGAGAGACUCCCCCAGAGACUUGCCCAGACUCCCCCAGAGCUGCUCGGAGACUCGCCAAGAGACUUCCCAGAGACUUGCCCAGACUCUCCCAGACUUGCUCAAAGAUUUGCUAAGCGACUCCCUAGAGACUUGCCGAGAGACUUUCCCAGAGACUCCCCCAUAUAUUUGCUCAGAGACUCGUCGAGGGAUUUGCUCAGAGACUCGCCUAGAGACUUUUGAGAGACUUGCCCAGAUACUCCCCAGAGACUCGCCGAGAGACUUCCCAGAGACAAGCCCAGAGAAUGGCCAGACCUGCUCAGAGACUUGCCCAGACUCUCCCAGACUUGCUCAAAGAUCAUCUUGCUCAGCGACUCCCCAGAGACUUAACGAGAGACUUUCCCAGAGACUCCCCCAGAUAUUUGCUCAGAGACUCAUCUAGGGACUUACUCAAAAACUCGCCUAGAGACUUGCCCAGACCUGCUCAGAGAAUCCAACAGAGACUUGCCGAGAGACUCGCCCAGAAACUCGCCAAGAGACUCCCUCAGACCUUCUCAGAGACUACCCCAGACUCCCGAGUCAAACAUGAAACAGCACUUCGGUCGUCAAGAUUCUUCUUUGAAUAAAAACACAACAUCUUACCUUUUUGCAUUAUUUUGCACAAAUUGAUCACGUUUCAUAUCGGUGGUCAUUUCUCAGCCAGCAGGUCCAUGUGGGCCCAACAUCGGAUGACGGUUGGCUGCAGAACGGGAUGCCGGACUUGCUCCAUCGUGCUUCCUACCUGAGAUGGUCCACAUGGACCCAGGGCAGGAUCACCCUGGUUACCCGGGUUACCAUGGUUACCCGGGUUACCCGGGUUACCCAGGUCCUUGUCAGGAGGUCGUGGUCCCAUAUUGGGGGCGUUCCAUGGUCGAAGCCUCUUCUGGACCCAAGCAGCCCCGUUAAACCCAGAUGUGGCCAUCAAGGACCUGCUGGCUGGGCUGAAGUUGGGAUUGUUCCUCUGAGUUCUGCCUGAUUGUUUUGUUUUUCUGCAGCAUCAGAUGUGUUUGAUAUAGUUUCAUGAACAUUUAAAUACGCGUGAAUAUUCCUCCGGAUCCUGUGGAACAGUCUGGAGGAGCGACCAGCAUCUGUAUCUGUGCCGUUAGAAACCCUCCAAAACGGCUCUCGUGAAGAAUUUGAUCCAACAUCAGUGACAAUCAUGAUCCAUGAAAAGACUGAAUGCCUUGGAGACGGGAAGCUGCCUCUACUUGUCUAAGACCCUUCUUCCUCACCUCCAUCCUCAUCUUCAGGUUCUGCACCGGUUCUGUUCCGUUCACUGAUUGUAUGAAAUGGAAAAAUGUUGUUGAAGGCUAAAAAGAUGUUUUAAGAAGCCAUAUACUGUAACGCUGCGAGGGAGCGGGAGCUGGAAUGUGGGAGGAGCCUCCACCUCGAUAAUAUCAGUAAUAAUAAUAAUAAUGUACUCUGUAA